GAAAAUCUGCACCACUUUUUACGACAGUUCAGUGUGAUUUACGACAGUCCAGUGUGACUUACGGCAUCACUUCCGCCUGAGCAGCCAACGUGAACGUAAAAUAAACAAACACAAAAUGAGAUGAAUGGUUUCGUAAAACUGAAACAAAACCCUUAAUUUAACCUAAUUGAUUAGCGGGGUGUGUUUAACUGUGUUUAAAGAGGAGUGUAAUGUCUUGGAAACAGCUGUUAAGUUUUCUUAUUAUUAGCAUUUUAUAGUGUUUUGCUACAUUAGCAUUAACAUUAGCACAGAUUCACAGCUUCGAUGGAGCAGAAACUCGCUGAGUUUAGAGCACGAAGACAAGCUGCAAAAUCCACCCAAAAGGACCAGAAUUUCCCGCAGGAACCAGAGGACACAGCUGAUCAGUCUACGGAGGAACAGACAGUGAAGGAGACACAAGUCAAUUCUACCCCAGCACAAAGCGAAACAAACCAGGACAAAAGUGACUGGCUGCUGGACACUGCUGUUGGGAGAUGGCUGAGCUCCAGACUGGCCUUUACAAACCUGACACUGCUCAAACUUCUCUUGUGGUUGGUUCUGCUGGGUCUGUUUGUGGAGCUAGAGUUUGGCUUGCCCUUCUUCGUCCUCUCGCUUUUUUACUGGAUCUAUGAAGGACUGAGGAGCCCGGAGGCACGGCAGCCCGGAGAACUCAGCGCUUACUCUGUCUUUAACCCGGACUGUCAACCGCUGCUAGGCACCCUCACAGCAGAGCAGUUGGAGGGAGAGAUGGGAUACAGGCCACUGGCAAAUAGAUGAAUAACUUGAAUACAACUUACUUCAAAUUAAGAUAAAACAGGGCGGACAACAGUGGUGCAGUGGGCUCAACCUAGGGCAAGAUGCUUAACUCUCAUUGUUAACUGUAGUGGCUGGUUUCAGGGGUGUAUGUGAUGUAAAUAGCACACAAAUAAAUAUUACGAAGUGAUUUU